AUGACCAUCUCCACAGUAAACGUUGUGCCGCUGUCGCGUUCAGGGUCAGUGGAGCUGCUGGGUGCGAUGGCGUACUGUGCGCCCAAGCAGCUGUCGUCCUGCCUGCCCUCCAUCGUGCCCAAGCUCAUCGAGGUGCUGUCGGACUCGCACGUCAAAGUGCAGCGGGCGGGCGCCCAGGCUCUCAAGCAGAUUGGUUCCGUCAUCAAGAACCCAGAGAUCCAGGCCAUUGUGCCAGUGCUGUUGGAUGCCCUACAAGACCCGGCCGAGAAGACAUCCGGCUGUCUGGCGACACUGCUGAAUACAAAGUUUGUGCACUUCAUAGACGCGCCGUCGUUGGCAUUGAUCAUGCCUGUGGUGCAGCGUGCCUUCCAGGAUCGCUCGACAGAGACCAAGAAGAUGGCCGCACAGAUCAUCGGCAACAUGUACUCCCUCACCGACCACAAGGACCUGGCCCCUUACCUACCAGCCAUUAUACCGGGCCUGAAGCAGGCCCUCCUGGAUCCUGUACCAGAGGUGCGGAGCGUGUCCUCGCGUGCCCUGGGCGCGAUGAUCAAGGGCAUGGGUGAGACCUGCUUUGAGGACCUCAUCCCCUGGCUCAUGCAGACACUCACCUCGGAGUCCUCGCCCGUUGAUAGAUCGGGAGCAGCCCAAGGCCUGAGUGAAGUGCUCGGAGGCUUGGGAGUGGAGAAGCUGCAGACGCUGAUGCCAGAGAUCAUCUUGACGGCGGAGCGGACAGACAUUGCACCGCACGUCAAGGAUGGCUAUGUCAUGAUGUUCAUAUACCUGCCGGGCGUGUUCCAGAAGGAGUUCACCCCCUACAUAUCACAGAUCAUCAACCCCAUUCUCAAGGCAUUAGCAGACGAGAACGAGUAUGUGCGGGAGACAGCACUCCGGGCAGGCCAACGCAUGGUGAACAUGUACGCAGAAACGGCCAUGACCCUGCUGCUGCCCCAACUGGAGAAAGGGCUCUUUGAUGACAACUGGCGCAUCCGAUACUCUUCGGUUCAGCUCCUUGGUGACCUUCUGUACAAGAUCUCGGGUGUGACAGGAAAGAUGACCACAGAAACUGCCCACGAAGAUGACAACUUUGGCACAGAACAGUCUCAUAAGGCGAUCAUGAUAGCCCUGGGUGAGGAACGUCGCAACCGGGUGCUGGCUGGCCUGUACAUGGGUCGCCUGGACACCUCGCUGAUGGUGCGCCAGGCGUCCCUGCACGUCUGGAAAGUGGUGGUGACCAACACGCCCCGCACCCUGCGCGAGAUCCUGCCCACCCUGUUCUCCCUGCUCCUGGGAUUCCUGGCCAGCAGCAGCUACGACAAGCAGCAGGUGGCAGCGCGCACCCUGGGCGACCUGGUGCGCAAGCUGGGCGAGCGGGUGCUGCCUGAAAUUGUGCCCAUCCUGGAACAAGGCCUGGACUCGGAUCUGCCCGACCAGCGCCAGGGUGUGUGCGUUGGGCUGAGCGAGAUCCUGGCCUCGACAUCGCGUGACAUGGUGCUCACCUUCCUCGACAGCCUCGUGCCCACCGUCAGGAGAGCCUUGUGCGAUCCCCUGAAGGAGGUGCGCGUAGCCGCAGCGAAGACAUUUGACAACCUGCACUCGACAGUUGGCUCCAGGGCUCUGGACGACAUCCUGUCCCCGUUGCUGAUGCAGCUGGGCCAGGGUGACUCUGUACUGGCCGAGAACACACUGGACGGCCUGCGGCAAGUGAUGGCCAUCAAGAGCAGAGUCGUGCUGCCCUACUUGAUACCACAGCUGACAACGCCUCCUGUAAACACCAAAGCCCUGUCGCAUUUGUCAGCCGUGGCUGGAGAGUCCCUGUCGCGGCACCUGCCCAAGAUCCUGCCGGCACUGCUGACAGCGUUCAGUGCCUCGCUGGACACACCCAAACAACAGGAGGAGCUGGAACAUUGCCAAGCUGUGGUGCUGUCGGUGGUGGACGAGGCCGGAGUGCAGACGGUGGUGGAGCAGCUGCUCGCGGGUGCCCGACAGCCCAGCCAGCGGCGUGCGGCCGUGGCAUUGCUGUGCGCGUUCUGCGCCCAUUCCAGGGCACCCCUCACUCCGCACGUGCCUCAGCUGCUUAGGGAGCUGCUGCGUCUAUUCACCGACACAGACCGCCACGUGCUGCAGCUUGCCGGGGAGGCCCUUGCUGCCGUCACCAAGACCCUGGACACGAACCAGCAGAUUGAGUACGUGAUGGAUGUGCGGCAGGCGAUCCGUUUUGCGGCUAGCGACCUGAAGGGCCAGGAGUACCUGCCGGGCUUCUGCCAGGAGAAGGGCAUCUCGCCCAUUCUGCCCAUCUUCCGUGAGGCCAUCCUCAUCGGGGUGCCCGAACUCAAGGAACAAGCGGCACAGGGGCUUGGCGAGGUGAUCCGGCUAACAGAUGCCGCCUCCUUGCGGCAGUCGGUCAUCAGCAUCACGGGGCCGCUCAUUCGUAUCCUAGGCGACCGAUUCAGCUUCAGCGUCAAAGUGGCUGUGCUUGAGACGCUUGCUCUAUUACUCGCAAAGGUUGGGGUGCAGCUGAAACCAUUCCUGCCUCAGCUGCAAACCACCUUCUUGAAAGCACUCAAUGACGGCAACCGGCAGGUGAGGCUAAAGGCCUCGGUAGCGCUGAGUCACCUCAUUGUCAUUCACACACGCUGCGAUCCAGUCUUCCAGGAGUUGCACAACUCGGUCAAGAACCAGGAUGAUCCCACUGUCAGAGAGACGAUGCUGUACGCGCUGCACCGUGUGGUGGCAGCAGCGGGCCACAAGAUGUCGGACCUGAUGCGGCGGAGUGUGACGGCCAGCGUGAGCAGCUACCUGAGCAGCUCCGAGGAUGGCUGCCGCACGGCUGCUGCCGGGUGCCUGGGCUCUCUUUGCCGGUGGCUGCCACCGGAUGAGCUGGCCGUCUUCGCCCGAGAACACCUACUAAGCGAUGACCCUAGCGAGGACUGGACAUUAAGGCAUGGUUGCAGCGUGACGCUCUCGGUGGCGCUGAAGCAAGCUCCCGAGCGCAUCCUCACGGACGACUGGAGAGAACGAGUGUUCAAGACACUGAUCAAGUACAUGACUGCCGACCGGGUGCCCAUUGUGAUUGGUGGAGUGCGUGGGACUGGCCACUGCUUACGUCACAUGCUUCUCAACUCUGAGGAGCUGCCGCAAGUGCUACUGACAACAUUUGCCAAGUGCCUGAACCACGGGAGCAACGAAGUGAAGCAGCUGGUGGCCCAGACGGUGCAAUGGCUGUCGCGCAGCCUGGACAAGGGCGCGCCCCCACAACUGCUGCGAACCCUGGUGCCCCAACUGGUGAACGGAACCAAGGAGAAGAACACCAUGGUGCGCGCCAACAGCGAGUACGCCCUGGUCGCCCUGCUGCACCUGCGCACCUCCACACAGGGGCUCGAGGAAUGCCUAGCGGCGCUCGACCCAGGGGCGAGGGAGUCCCUGCAAGAUGUCUACACCAAAGUGCUGCGCAAGGUGGCCUCCCAUCCAGAGCCUAAGGAGGAAGAUCUCGAUGAUGGAGUCCUCUCCUGAUCGUCUCCCUUGCCCUUCCCUCCCCAAUCCUCUCCCCUCAACAAUGCACAGAUUAAAAAAGAAAGAUGUGUGUAAAGUUUAA